AUUAUAAUGCCAACUUGAUUUCACUCUUCUCGUUCUUUUGUUAAUAUGAAUAAUAAUAGUAACUGCAAUAAUAUUGAUUUUAAUGAGAAUAGCCGACAUCAAUUGUUUCCACCCUUGGAAUCAGCCGAACUAAAGCCUGAAUUACUUUGGGACAAUAUCAAUACACUUUCUAUUCCUGGUUCGGAAGACGCAAACGUAAUAAACAAUAGUCCUUCUCUAUCCAAACUAAUCUAUGAAAAACAAACACUCGAUGACUUAACAUCUGCGACCUCAGCAAGCACAUCGUCAGCACAAGCAAAUAACAGACAAGACAACAACGUAUUCAAUAUCUCCUGGGGCGGUAAUGAUAAACCACCGGUUGAGCUACAUCCAGAAAAGGAGCCCGUUGAAGAGUUCAAACUGUCAAGGCCACUACCUAAACCGAGAGGUAUCAGAAAAUUACCCGAACCCGAACCGUCUGAGGAUGGUAAGAUUGAUGAAGACAUAUUGAAACGAAGAAAGAAUACAGAUGCAGCAAGAAGAUCAAGGUUGAAGAAAUUAUUAAAAGUGGAUCAACUCGAAACGAGGGUAGCUACUCUGCAGGCGGAGAAUGCCAAAUUAAUCUUGAAUAAUGCAGUUUUGGAAUCAGAGAAAAAGAGUUUGUACGCUAAAGAAGCCGAAUAUAAAAAGAGAAUAAAGUAUUUGGAAGACAUUAUGAAACGAAAUGGAUGGAAUGAAAAUUAAAUAAUAAAGUGUUGUAAACAAAGAAAGCAUGUAUUGUAACUUAUAAUAAAAGUUAAAAAAAUCAUUUCGUUUUUAGUCUAGUUUCAACUGGAAUGAGGGUUAUCAUUACACACACAUGGUUGCAGAAAAGAAAGCAUAAUGAAAGACACAUGGAAGGAAAAUAAUGCCUAUUAAUUAGUGCUAAUUACAUAAUUUGGUGAAUAUCCAAAUAAGGAAAGAUCCCCCUUGUUAGGUUUAAAAGACAAAAGGGUCUUUUUGUCUUUACUUGCACGCGCACAAACGAGCUGCAAUGAGGCACUUGGGGUUGGUCAUUUUCAUCGGAGGGCCACGUUUAGAGCCAUUGGAAGGAGUGCGGACUUAUUAAUGGAUUGUGGAGAAAUGAAGAAAAAGGAAACCAAAAGUCGCGGGAUACAGAAAGUGACAAAGAAAGAGAGAGAAAGAAAGAA